AUGGCCAGCCGCCGCGACUUCCUCAGCCAGCCGGCUCCCGAGAACUACGUUGCCGGUCUCGGUCGAGGUGCCACGGGCUUCACGACGCGAUCGGAUCUGGGUCCUGCACGCGAGGGACCCAGCGAGGACCAGAUCAAAGAAGCUGUCGCCAAGCGCGCGGCGCAGCUCGGUCUCGGAACCGACGGGAAGAAGGCGGAAGAGAACGAUGACGACGAUGACCGAUUCAAAGACCCCGACAACGAAGUUGGUCUGUUCGCCGGAGGAGUGUACGACAAAGACGACGAGGAGGCCGACAGGAUAUGGAAGGAGGUCGAUGAGAAGAUGGCCAAGAGGCGGCAGAAACAACGAGAGGCACGCGAGAAGGCCGAGCAGGAGGAAUACGAACGCAAGAACCCCAAGAUCCAGCAACAAUUUGCCGACCUCAAACGAGCGCUGUCGACCGUCUCAGACGAGGAGUGGGCUAACCUCCCCGAGGUUGGAGAUUUGACCGGAAAGAACAGAAGAAGCAAGCAGGCCCUGCGACAGCGAUUCUACGCGGUUCCCGAUAGUGUGCUUGCGGGAGCAAGCUCAGCUGGAGAGCUCGGUACUACUAUCUCAGACGAUGGCGCGGCUUCAACCUCGGAAUCGGCGGACGGCACGAUGACGAACUUUGCCAAGAUUGGUGCAGCAAGAGACAAGGUCCUGAAGUCUAGGCUAGAACAGGCGUCCCAGGACGGUACCGACUCCGUCGCUGGCAGCGCGACAAGCAUCGAUCCUAAGGGCUACAUUACCAGUCUGCAGAAGAGCGGCCUUACCGAGGCUCAGGCGCAAGUCGGCGACAUCAACCGUGUGCGUGAGCUGUUGACCUCGGUCAUCAAGACGAAUCCGAACAACGCGCCAGGAUGGAUCGCCGCAGCGCGACUAGAGGAGCUUGCGGGCAAGACUGUUGCCGCGCGUAGCGUCAUUGCGCGUGGUUGUUCCCACUGCCCGAAGAGUGAGGACGUCUGGCUGGAAAACAUCCGUCUCAACGAGGGCCGUAACGCCAAGAUCAUCGCCGCAGACGCUAUCAAGAAGAACGACCGGUCAGUGCGACUCUGGGUUGAGGCCAUGAGGCUGGAGAACGAACCCAGAGCGAAGAAGAGAGUCAUCCGGCUCGCCCUAGACCAUAUCCCCGAAUCCGAGGCCCUCUGGAAAGAAGCGGUCAACCUGGAAGAAGAUCCGGAAGAUGCGCGGUUGCUGCUUGCCAAGGCAACCGAGCUUAUACCCCUUUCCGUUGAUCUCUGGUUGGCUUUGGCAAGGUUGGAGAGUCCCGAAAACGCCCAAAAGGUCCUCAACAGGGCACGCAAAGCUGUUCCGACGUCUCACGAGAUUUGGAUCGCUGCUGCUCGUCUUCAAGAGCAGCUAGGAACGGGUCAGAAGGUGAACGUCAUGAAGCGUGCAGUUGCAGUUCUCGUCAAGGAGUCUGCAAUGCCGAAGCGCGAGGAGUGGAUUGCGGAAGCCGAGAAGUGCGAAGAGGAGGGUGCCAUCAUCACCUGCGGGAACAUCAUUCAAGAAACUCUGGGGUACGGCUUGGACGAGGACGACGACCGCAAAGAGACUUGGAUGGAGGACGCGAAGAGCAGUAUCAACCGUGGCAUGUACGAAACGGCACGUGCCAUCUACUCCUACGCGUUGCGAGUCUUCGUCAACAGCAAGACGCUGUGGAUGGCUGCCGCCGACCUGGAGAGGAAUCACGGUUCAAGGGAGUCUCUCGCCCAGGUUCUGGAGAAGGCCGUCGAGGCUUGUCCCAAGAGCGAGGUGCUGUGGAUGAUGCUGGCCAAGGAGAAGUGGCAAGCCGGCGAGGUCGACAACGCCAGACUUGUGCUCGCCAGAGCUUUCAAGUCGAACCCGGACAACGAAGAUAUCUGGCUUGCUGCCGUCAAGCUCGAGGCCGAGAACGGGGAGACCGAGCGCGCUCGCAAACUGCUGGAAGAGGCUCGCGAGCAGGCCCCUACGGAUCGUGUCUGGAUGAAGAGUGUGGUAUUCGAAAGAGUACUGGGCAACAGCGAAGCGGCAUUGGACCUGGUCCAGCAGGCUCUGCAGUACUUCCCAGCCACAGCCAAGUUGUGGAUGUUGAAGGGCCAAAUCCAUGAAGAACUCGGCAAGAUCGGCCAGGCUCGCGAGUCCUACAGCACAGGCGUCAAGGCUGUCUCCAAGUCCGUUCCCCUGUGGCUCCUCUACUCCCGCUUGGAAGAGAACGCCGGUCUCGUUGUGAAGGCCCGUAGUGUUCUCGACCGAGCCCGCCUUGCCGUUCCCAAAUCACCUGAAUUGUGGUGCGAAUCCGUUCGCAUCGAGCGCCGGGCGGGCAACAUCAACCAAGCCAAGUCGCUCAUGGCCAAGGCUCUCCAAGAAGUGCCCAAGAGCGGACUGCUGUGGAGCGAGCAGAUUUGGCACCUGGAGCCACGGACCCAGCGGAAACCGCGGUCGUUGGAGGCCAUCAAGAAGGUGGACAACGACCCCAUCCUAUUUGUCGCUGUUGCCCGUAUCUUCUGGGGCGAGCGUAAGCUCGAGAAGGCCCAGAACUGGUUCGAGAAAGCCUUGGUGCUGGAUAGUGAUAAUGGUGAUACCUGGGCGUGGUAUUACAAGUUCCUGCUUCAACACGGCACAGACGAGAAGCGAGCGGAUGUCAUUAACAAGUGCGUCUUGAAUGAGCCUCGCCAUGGGGAGUACUGGCAAGCUAUUGCCAAACACCCGAAGAACGCUAGAAAGGGUACUGAAGACAUUCUGAAGCUCGUGGCGGAGAGCAUAGAAAAGUGA